AUGGGGAACAACCCGUCGUGCAUACCACUGCCGCCCUCGCCCGGCUCGUCGUCGGCGUCGUCAAGCAGCAACAGCUGCAAGGUGAUCCACGCGGACGGGAGGGUGACGCGGCUGCCGCGCCCCGUGCGCGCGUCGGAGCUCAUGCUGGACCACCCGGGCCAGUUCGUGUGCGACGCGUGCCGCCUCGCCGUCGGCUACCGCGUGCCGGGCGUCGCAGCCGACGAGCUCCUCCAGCCGCGCCGCGCCUACUUCCUGCUCCCCAUCGACAUGCUCUACUCCGUGCUCACCGACGACGAGAUGGCCGCGCUCUCCGCCGCCUCCCACGGCGCCUUGGCCGCGGCGUCCUCGGCCUGGAAGAGGAUCGUCACCAGCGCCACCGCCGCGAGACGACGGGGCGGACACGGGCAGAGUAACGGCGCCGGCAGCGACGGCAGCGCUGCCAGCAGGGUCUUUCCGGUCGUCGGCCUGCUGCAGCUCCAGGGCGAUCACGGCGGCAGCGGAGCUCCAGUCUCCGGCGUCAAGUCGAGCGGCGCCGGCGCCCCCGGGCUGAGGCGGCACCGGUCGUGGAAGCCGGUGCUGGACACCAUCGACGAGGCGCCGUGA